CCGUGAUUUCCUGCUCACUUCGUAUUUCUUGCUCCGAAGCAGCAGAGCGGCACUUGGGACUAACUGUUGGUUCCGCUCAUGAAAAAUGACUUUAUACACGUAGUUGACUCGACAGACGCCUCGUUCUGGUCGACGCUCGGGUGGAGAUAAAGGCAGACACGGUGUUCCGGUGCCUGGGUGUGGGUGUUUGAGUCGGCGAUGCCCCGCUGCCUGUGGCCGGAGCCGCUGUCACCGGCGCAGCUCAAGCGCCUGGAGCAGCACAAAUACAGCGCCACGGGUCGGUCCUUACUGGAGCCGCCGUGUCAGAUCUACUGGACCUGGUUAGUGGAGCAGAUCCCGACAUGGCUCGCGCCCAACACGCUGACCAUCACGGGACUUAUUAUCAACGUAUUUACUUCCAUCAUCCUGGUGUUGUACUGCCCCACUGCCACAGAGGAGGCUCCGUCAUGGGCUUUUUUCCUCAGCGCUUUAGGUCUCUUCAUCUACCAGUCACUAGACGCUAUUGAUGGGAAACAAGCCCGGCGGACCAAUAGCAGCUCGGCUCUGGGAGAACUCUUUGACCAUGGCUGUGACGCCGUCUCUACAGUUUUUGUCUCUGUGGGAUCGUGUAUAUGUGCUGGCAUUGGCACUUAUCCUAACUGGAUGUUUUUCUGUGGCUUCGUGGGCAUGUUCAUGUUCUUCUGUGCACACUGGCAGACCUACGUGUCUGGGACACUACGAUUUGGCAUUGUCGAUGUGACAGAGGUGCAGAUUGCUAUCAUAAUCAUGUACCUGAUGUCCGCCUUCGGAGGAGUUAGCCUUUGGCAGACUAUGUUGCCAGGGCUCGGCAUUAAACUACAAGCGUUCCCGAUCCUGGGCAUCAUCGGGGGAUUUCUGUUAUCAACCUACAACUACUUCCUGGUCAUCCUGAGUGGCGGCGUGGGCAAAAACGGCUCAACUGUGGCGGACACCAGCGUAUUGUCUCCUGGCCUGCACAUCGGCCUCAUCCUCACCCUGGCCUUCAUCAUCUUUAAGAAGUCCUCCAGCCAGCUGUUUGAACAUUAUCCCUGUCUCUACAUCCUCACCUUCGGCACAGCCAUCGCUAAGAUUUCCAACAAGCUGGUGGUUGCUCACAUGACCAGGAGUAAGCUUUAUCUGAGCGACACAGCCUUCAUCGGCCCCUGUCUCCUCUUCCUAAAUCAGUACUUCAACAGCUUUAUUGAUGAAUAUAUGGUCCUCUGGAUUGCUCUGGUCCUGUCUGUGGUGGACCUGACACGAUACUGCACAGGUGUGUGUCUACAGAUUGCUGCUCACCUGCACAUCCGUGUGUUCAGCAUCAUCCCACAGGGCCACGACCACAAAGACUGACAAUUUGCCCGGCGGGAGGAGGAGGUGGGGCCAAGCGAAGACGUCGCCCCGCUUCUCGAACCACAGCAGGAGAACCAAACCCUCAACAGCCUUGACAGUGUGGACAUCAUUAAUUAACCAAGAGACCUGAACUGACACUAAUGCACUCUGCCAGUUUGGAGUUCGUUAAACCACUGAAUAAGAAAACACACCUAGGGUGCUAUCUUCCACCUGUCUGGACACAAAGCAAUGCAUCAUAAUUUAAAUCGUUGCCAAAUUGCCAAAUUCAUUCUGUUUACGGAUUUAAGAAAUCCUCAUUACUUUGUUUUUAGGUUUGAUGAAGUGCCAAUGUAAACUCACUACUGUACACCAUUUGCAGUGUUUCUCUUCUGUAAUCGUUCCCUCAUAUUCUCUCCAAUGGACAAUUUCUCAUGGAAGUAUCGCUAACAUUCCGACAAUUUCCCAACCAAUGUAUUUAUAGUUUAAUUUAUAUCCCCCUACCCCAAAGCAAGUUCGAACAAAAAAUAUGGUCAUGUGAUUGUUCAGUGAUUCCAGCAUUUGUAUUUAUUCUUUAAUUCGACUGGAUUGGGUGCGAAAUGAAGUCAGGUCUUGGAUGAAAGAGACAUAAUUGUCAGGGACUACGGGUAUACUGGGACCAGGAUCACGUUUGUGUUAAAGACAGGACGCUCCCCGACCUGCAUCUCCAGCAUCUACCAGUUUGAACUGAUGGAUUGUGGGAAGGGAAGACACACAGACUGUCCUGUUUGAUGAUACACUCUCACAACACUGCCUGCUUUGAAGAUCUCCUCCCAAAGGGCUAAUUGUACAAAUAAAUUUGAAGUGAUUUGUGUAAUAAACUUUGCUCAUCUUACAUGGA